CAUAAGUUAGUGCUGGCUCGUAGCCAUACAGCUGAGAGAGAGAGAGACAAUGUGUGGCAACAGCUCUACAUUGCUGAGUUCGUAGGAACUGCUCAACCAAACACAAGACGUUGUCUUCCUUAGCUCAAGAGGGCUUGAAACUGGAAGACUGAAAACUUGUGGAAAAUGAUGUUGCUGACAGUUCUGCUUGUUUAUCUCAGACCACAGUACUGACUGAAAAUGCUGACAAGACAUUCAUGUCCGCUUGCCUUAUAGAAGACAACCACAGGAAUAAGAAAGGCACUGAUUAUGAAGUUUAGUAUUUUUUUAUGUGCAGAAUGAAUCAGUAUGACAGAUCAGCUCGCUGUCAGUGGACGAGGCUAAGAGGCAAAAUUGAAGACUAACUAUAUGUUGGAAGCUGAAGAAAUCAUGUUUAAGUGGCACAGAUCGUUUAGUUUCGGUACAACAUGGAAAAAAGGUAAGAAACGAACACCAUCAGCAUGCAAGGUAGUACUGACAAAUAUGAAAGUCCUAAGGAACCAUUAUCAUUCUGAACAAACGGCUGCAGAAAACUCAGGCUCUAAUGAUUCAGUUGAUGGACACAAUCUUCCACAAAUGGGAAUUUCCACAGACAGCCAGGAAGCAAAUUUUGUUGGCCAUGAAGAUCAGAGAAAGUCUAACUGCCAAACUUCGUUUUCAAAGCUUUACACAACAGACCCUCGGCACAAGCAUCAGAAAUACAAGUUUGAAACGGAGGACUCAGGAGUUGAGCUGCCCAGUGGUACAAAUUCUCCUUCAACACCAACAGUCUCAGAGAAGAGCUUUGUUGUUCACAGAAGGGACUCCUCCUGCGAUUCUGGAGUAAUGAGUGCUUCACCUUCUUCUUCUCCUGCCAUAGGUCACGUGAUUUUAAUUGAAAACUGCCCAGACACAAAAGCAUCUAAACUAAUUCAACCAUCAGAACAGCAACGACUUGCAGAAUCAGAAACAGUCCAGAGUGAUGUAGGCUGUAUCACUCACUUUGCUCAUUGUUGUAUCACAGAAAAUUUAAUGUCCUGCCUUCGAAAUUCUGCCACUAGUGAUCAGGCAGAAGCACAAAUGGACAUUAAUGUCAAUCUUACAAAUACUGACAACAAUGAAAAAACUGAAAACCACAUACCAUGUCUUAAGCGCCAAGAUGCAUUCGAUCAACAAGGAAAUACAUUAAUGAACAGUUCUGUAAAUCAUAAUGAAAACCUUACUAGCAUUAAUUCUACAGACAAUCAUGUGGUCUGCCACCAAAGACAAGAUAAUAUAGAUAUGUUGGGAGAUAUAGCAAUGAACGAUUUUGUAAGUACUGCGGGAAAUGUGAAUGAUAGUCACUGUAUCGAUUACUCCACAUCCAAUGUGCAAAGUUAUAAUCCCAUUAAUGAGAUAAUAAAUUCAGUGGUGGAUAGCUCUAAAAGUGUAUUCGUAAAUGUAGCCAAUUCUCAGGAUACAAAAGAUCAUGAGCCUUUGUUCCAUAAUGAAGAGAAUGCUUUCAAGCAGGCACUUACAAAAGACAAUAGUUACGCUGAUAUGACAGCUGAUGAAUUCCCUGGCAGUGAUGACAAUCUGACAGAAAAUGAAUGUGCCGGAGCAUAUGAUGACAUGAGCGAGACUGGUCUUUUAGAGCAGCCCCUGAAGAAGUAUCCCACCAGUGACAGCUUGGAUGAAUAUAUGGAUGAAUGUUGCAGGUUAAGUGAGGUAAACCAAGGAAAAGUUAAAGCCCUUGGCUCAGGUUUAGGGUACCUUGAGCACAUUUGCCAACUGAUAGAAAAAAUUGGACAGCUUCAGGAACAUAACCUUCGACUCCAGAAACAAAUCUGUACUUUGCAAAAAAACCUUAACCUAAGAGAAAUGAAAGAGGAGUACGUCUUGCAGCAGUGUUUGUGUGGAGCUGCCAGCCUACUCAACAGCUCGUACCAGGAGGCAAGGAAGCACUUCAGCUGGGGAGGCAAACCACAGGAUCCAGCUGGGCAAAAUGAAAACCUAGCCAAUGCAGAAGGGGCAAGCUUCCCUCUAAAAAUGAGAUGCAGAGGGGGCAAAGACCCAAAUCAGCUAAGAGAAGAUUCUCUUCUGCCUUCACUUCUCUCUUCACUCAGGAAGACAGCCAGUCAUCAUAAACUGGAAGAGAAUGCCAUAAGACGUUCUUGGGACAAAGCCAACAUGCAGGCUGCUGGACACAACAUUCAUCCACUACGAAGGGUUGAAAAUCAUCCAUGGGGAAGAAUGCGCGACCUAGUAAAGAAGACAAAGUUCAAGAAUCAAAACAAACUGGGUUUAUCAUCUAGUGCUUUGAAAAGGUCGUGCCCACAGCUGUACAGGCCAGAUAUUAUCUCUGCUGACUCCAGGAAGAAAGACAGGAACUCUAUGAUCAUUCUGAGACCUACCAUGAAAAAUGAGAAUUUCUGGCCACGUUAAUAUCAUCACAAGGUAGCCAGAGCUGAGCAAGCGGAAAAUCAGAAUACCAGAAGAAUUAUGGAGUCCUAUGAACAGCUGAUGUGACUUACUUCUCAGCAGUGAUCAUGAAAUAAUAAAAAGAAUAAUUAGACACUUAUUGCAAAUGAUGUAUGGGUGUACAUGUGUUAUGCAUUUGUAUAUUCGCAUGUGUUGUGCAUGUCUUUCUAUAAAAAGAACAGAAGUCAUGAUGCUGUAAGGUGAUGCCUCAUUCAAGACUAGAUUUAUUUUCUUGCGCCCAUGACAAGUCAAAGUACAGUAUGCAAGACAAUGUUUCUGAAAGCACAGCUAGCUAGUUUUGCAAUAAGACAAUAAACCUUAAUAGCAAAAGAGGCUUUAAUUAUCUAAAACAAAUCCUUAACGGGUAUAUUUUACACUACACUUAUCAGUUUUGCAUGUUCUUGUAAUGUAUAUUUAAGCAAACCUGCUAUAGGAACCAUACUUUAUUUCUACAUAUCAUCCAUUUCUAUAUUAAUUUUAUAAACAAUUUCUAAAAUUUAGUAGUUUUAUUCAGAUAAUCUGAAAGACUUUGAAAAACUCAAAAUAGGAAAGAUACACAUAUGUCAAAAAAGCAACACUAUCAAGAAACUGGAGAGACUUUGUUAUAUAUAAUUACGUAUAUAUAUAUUUAUUAAGGUUUCUUUAAAAAGCCCAUAGAUGAGUAAACAUGGGGAAGUUUAAUGUUUAGGAUAAAAGCCUUUCAGUAUUUCCUUUACCUUAAUACCCACAUUACCACUCAUCCUUGUAGAACCAAAGGAAGAAAUGUUUUCAUCUAAAAAAUAAAUAGAACCAUCCAACAAAAAAACAACACUGGUGCUAGAAUACCACAUUUACUGGUAACUCCACCCAUACAAAAUACAAACAUCAGUACAGAACAAAUGUGUUUGAGACUGCAGCACACAGUACUUUCUCUCUCUGAUUUAGCUGUCAUGCCAUCUGUUGACAAUGAGGUGCAGAGAUGAUGUGGGCACUGGGUACAGGAGAGUACUGAAGGGUUGUACCCUAAAUGCAAUAUUUUCUUAAUUAAGUUUUGUUUUUAAUUUCAAAUAAAUACUGAGAUAAAAUAUUUAAUCUCCUUGAAAUAAUGUUUUAUAAGCAAUCAUAAUAUUUGAUAUUUUUAUUGCCAUAAGCAUAUCUCAUGAUGGGUACACCCAUUGUGUAGUAACUGCAUAAAUGCACAUAUAAGAAUGUGCAUAUAUAUGGUUCUAGUAUGUAUGAUCGACAUAGUUAAUGUUGAACCACAAACAUCAACAGCAUAUGUUCAACAAUACAUAAUAUCAAACAAAAAAGAUCGAAAAACAAACACUAUUUUCUUUCCCGAUCUAAACACUAAAAAAAACCCAAAACACUAGCCUAAAUUUGUCUGAACAAUGGCAGUGUUACAGGAAGGCUUUUAUUAAGAUAAGGUAUAUGGUUAGGGUUGGGGGAAGGAGCAGCGUUAGGGUUAGCACUCUACCUAGGUGGGCAGGGGGGUUAAUGGGUACUAACACUAAUGAUACCUCUUUCCCAACCCUAACGCUACACCUUACCUGAAUAGAAACCUUCCUGUAACACUGCUACUACACAAGACACACUUGCACACACAAACAUGCACAAACACAUGCUAAUAACAACACUACGGCUGUCCCCCUCACAUACA